AAUUGGUUGAUUAAUGGUAUGUAAAUAGAGUUAGUUUGUAUGCAAUAGUGAUACAUUGUUUUAGUAUGCAAGUGAACAUUUUUUUAUGAGAUUGUGGGUAUAUAAGGGGACACAGUUAAAAGUUUGUCAGUUGAGGUUGACACCGGUUUACAUCACUAACACCAAACAUGAGGGCUGCCCUGAUUCUUCUCAUCGUAUCUGCCAUCAUUAUUGACUCGGCCAUGGCAGGCCCCAAAUCGAAAAAAGGCAAGAGCAAGAGACGAUCAAGGGAGAGAAUCGUGUAUGCACAGCCUCCUCCAACCCCAGUCAUCAUCCAAGGUGCUGCUCCAUACAACUAUGACAACAGAGGCUACUAUGACAACAGGCCUUACCCUGGAGAUGGUCGCGGAUAUUAUGACGCCAACGGUGUCUGGAUCAAUGGAGGCUACAAUGGACCUUACCCCAAUAAUGGUCCAGUGGUUGUCUACCCCAAUAAUGGUCCUUAUGUGCAGCCUACCUAUGGACCACAGGUUGUCUACUAGAUAUGCAUAAUCCAGUGUUUUAUGCUCCACACUACAUUCUGUGUGACUUGAAGUGAGAAUAUAAGUUAUUGAAAAACA